UGCUGCUGAGAGGUGGGGCUCUGACUGUCCACUGCAGGUAUGUCUGAUUACUCAUUACAGACAACCUUCAGACUCAUAAACACAUAAAAACCCAGACUUCUGCUGCCAGAUCACUCCUUCAACAGGAAGCUCUGUCGACAGUUUUCACAAAGGGACAUGGGAGCACAGACGUGACUUGGGAAUAAUGAUGUCUGGUUUAAAGCCUAUGUGUUUUUAGAUGGUCCAGAAUGUGAGAUGGCAACCAGCGGGCAGGCAACAUGGGACGGCUGGUGCACAUCACAGUUGAAGAUUAUCCUUCUUGGUGGCAGAAACUCUGGAAAGAGCUCACUGGGGAACUUAAUCCUGGGCAGAGAGGAGUUUGUCACCAAAGAGAGGACCUCCUGCUGCCGGAGGCUGCGUGUGGGAGCGGGACGAUGGCUCACUGUGGUGGACACUCCCGGCUGGUGGUGCGACUUCAGCGCUCAGGACACAUCAGAGCUGGUGAAGAGGGAGAUUGUCAGCAGCGUCUCUCUGUGCUCACCAGGCCCACAUGUAUUUCUUAUCACAAUCAAGGCCAGCUCAGGCUUCUCAGAGAAGCGUCGCAGGGCUGUGGAGGAGCACGUGGCCCUGCUGGGUGAGAGCGUGUGGAGUCACUGCAUGGUUGUCUUCAUCUCUGCCAACAGUGCUGAACACACAGAUGCUGAGGAGCUGGUACAGAGGGGGGGAAAGGCCCUCGGCUGGCUCAGUGAGAAGUGCAGUCAGAGGUGUCACAGUGUUAUCUUGAGCGAUAAUACUGAAGUCACCGAGCUGCUGGAAAACAUACAGAAACUUGUCACAGGAAAUGGAAACAGAGUGUUUGAAAUGCAGGAACACAUUUUACAGGCCACUGCAGAGGAGAAGAGGAGAGUGGAGGAGAGGGCUCAGCAGAGGUUUGUGAGGAUGAAGACACACAGAUGUCUCAUGAGAGAGAGGCUGUGGCCCAUUACUGAUAUCCGGAUUGUGUUGGUGGGAGCAAAGGGUUCUGGGAAAACUUCCACUCUGAACACAAUCCUGAGCAGAGAGAGCAGCCAGCCAGUGAGAAGAACAGCUCGGUGCCUGGUUGGGAAAGGAGUGUUGUUUGGGAGACAGGUGACGGUGGUGGACACACCAGGCUGGUGGAUGAACUACUUCUGUGAUGAGAGCCCCGUGUUCGACCGGAGGGAGCUGGUGCUCAGUUUGUCUCUGUGUCCUCCGGGGCCUCACGUCUUCCUGCUGGUGAUCCGUGUGGACAGAUCCUUCACUGAAACCUACAGGAGGGCGGUGCAGGAGCACCUCCAGCUGAUCAGUGAGCACAUCUGGAGCCGUGUCAUCCUGCUGUUCAGUUUCGGGGACUGGCUGGCAGGCACCACCACCGAGCAGUGCAUCGAGAGCGAGGGAGAGCCUCUGCAGUGGCUCGUUGAAAGAUGUGACAACAGGUAUCAUGUCCUGAACAAUAAAACUAAAGGGGAUGGAUUUCAAGUCAGAGAGCUGAUUGGGAAGAUUGAGGAAAUGUUAGCCAACUGCAACAAUGGCCUGCAUUAUGAAAUGAAGAGGGAAGUGAUGGAACAGCUGGAGGGGAAGAUGAGAAGAGAGGAGGAGAGAGCCAGGGAGAGACUGAUGAGGAAGGAGGAACAAAGGCAGAUGGCGAGGUCUCAGCUGGAGAAGCUCAAACCUCCUCCAGAUCUGAGACUGGUGCUUGUUGGCGGCAGGAAAACAGGCAAGAGCUCAUGUGGAGACACCAUCCUGAGCACAGAGUGCCUCCACACUGAAACCACUUCCUGCUCUGAAAAGCGAGCCAAAAUCUGCGGCAAGACGGUGGCAGUGCUGGACACACCGGGCUGCUUCUCUGUGACCUCUGACCUCCUUGACGCAUCCUGUGCCAUCCUCCUGGUUGUCAAUGUGAGCUCCUCAUUCAGAGAUACCCACAUGGAGGCCAUGGAGAAACAUCUGGAGGCAGGAGGAGGCCAGAUGUGGAGCAGAGCUGUGGUACUGUUCAGCCAUGGCGAUUGGCUGGGCGACACAAGCAUAGAGCAACGCAUCGAGAGUGAAGGAGAGGCGCUGCAGAGGCUGGUUGACAAGUGCGGGAACAGAUAUCACGUCCUGGAUAAUAAACACCGAGGUGACGAAGCUCAGGUUAAAGAGCUGAUUGAACUGAUAGACGAGAUGCUGGUUGGAGAAAGGUUAGCUGUGUUGCACAGAGGUGAUCACAUGUGGAGAAGUGUUUCAUCACAGGACGCAGUGACGCCGUGUAAAACUGAUUUAAAGAUGCUGACGAGCUGCAGUCAUCAGCUGUCCCAUGACUUGACUGAGUCAGCCAAACCCACCACUCUAACAUCAGUGAGCUGCUCAGGAGGCCCAGAUAAUGGUGGACAGAUAGUGGCACUACCAGCAGGAAGAGGACAGACUGGACCCUCCAUCUGGGACAGACACAGCUUCAUGUCUUCUUUGUUCUCUGGCAAGAAAUCACUGAGGUGGACUAUAAAUCUGCCAGUCUGGUCUCCUGAUGAAUUUCUUCACCUGAGACUGGACGGUGAAAGCAGUCAUCCAACAACAAUGCUUCUGGUUUUACCUCGCACACAACACAGGAUGCUUGGAGAUGGAAAUGGCAUCAGUGUGAAGUCCCUCUGCCACCCUGUACUGAGAGAGCGGACUCUCAGGAGGCUCUCUGAAUCUGAAAGUCUGCAGGCGCUGAUUGACCGGUGGGACGGCAGCAGCCUGGAGGAGCUAGAGGCCUUCAUUGACUCGUACUUUGAGAUGAUUUGGGAGCAAACCAUGGGGUCAUGUCAGGAACCUGAAUGUCCCGCUGCAGAACAGGAUACUGUCGUGGAGGAGGAGGGCGGACAGGAGCAAACGCUCAAAUCCAUUGAUAGGAAACUUUCAAAGCUGGAGCUCCUUGAGGAGAUCAGGAGGGAUCUGUCCGAGCUGAGGGCGAGUCUGGACAACAGCUGGAAGGUCGUACAGGAACUGAGAGAGAAAAGUAAACAGGAUGAUGAUGAUAGAUGUUGAUACAAAGAGUAAACUGUUUUCUCAUACAGUAAAAAUUAUUCAACAUGUGUUUUUCUGACCAUGACUUAAAAAAUGAACUAUCAUUUACUUUGGUUAAAGUUGUAAUGUUUUUUCUCCACAAGGGGGAGCUGUUGUAUAAGAGUACAGUAUUAUGUGGCUGCUGAAGCAUCACACUUGAGCAGUGGUGGAGGAAGUUGUCACAUGUUUUACUCAAGUAAAGUAGCAGUACACAGUCUACGUAAAAGCGCAGAAAUAUUAGCAACAGAGUUUACUUAAAAUACCACAAGUAAAAGUACUCAUUAUGCAGAAUGGCCCAUUUCAGAAAAAUGUAUGUUAUUGAAUGAUAAUUACUGAGGCAUUAAUGCAUACAUUAUUAUAAUUUUGCAGCUGUUAAAGGUGGAGCUAACUACUUGACAAACUACCGGGUUGAUGUUUAAUUUCCCCCUGGGGAUCAAUAAAGUCUCAUCCUGUAAUAAUACA